GUCAUUACUGUCAGAGGAAUUCCGAGACAGUUAUCCCACAAAACAUCAUGAUAAGAACAGUUAUUGUCUGCUUGCUGAUUGUGUCUGACUGUUCUUGCCCCAGCAGAGCAUCCACUGUCAAAUGGGGAUCAACACAAAACAGUGUUCGAGCAAGUCAACUUGAAAGCAGGUCUGUAACUGCUGUGAAAGGUAGUUCAGCAGUAUUAGAAUGUUCCUCUUCCAAGAAAGAACUCCAACUGGUAUUGGUUGAAUGGGAGAAGUUCACAAACAGAACUAAACUUGGUGUGUACCACGUGUCUUCAAGGAAUACAACUCUCAAUAAUGAACGAAUAAAAUUGGAAGUUAAUGGACGACGUUCCACUAUCACCAUCAAAGACAUUCUCAUGUCAGACAAAGGCUGCUAUUACUGCGUAUUCCAUACCUUUCCAGCUGGAAAACUAGAGGGCGAAAUAUACUUGGAUGUAAAAGAUAAAGAAAUGUCCUUUAAUCAGGCUGCAUAUAUUAUCACAGGUGUAAUUGUAGCAGUAAUCGCCACUGGAAUCCUAAUUUUAUUGUUAAACUUUGUUCACCAGAGGAAGUCGUCUAGAAUUCAUCUACCAAACCAAAUCAAUGUAAUACUGCAAAGUUCACCCAGCACUGAUAAUGUGGACACAGCAAGCCAACCAGACAAGCCACCAACACCCAACUCUGAUUCUGAGGACUCAAACAAUGACUACUUUAAUGUUGUUAUAAGAUCAUCACUUUAAGAUCUCAGAGGCUAAAUUUGUAUACUUCUUUUUGUGUUAAAGCUGUCAACAGAUAUAAUUUCUAAUUAUGCUUUCAAAAUGUUUUCUGUUUUGCAAUAUUAUUUGUGAUAACUUAACUGCACCACUUUUGCAGAUAGAAAUAAGUCUGUUGCAAAAUGUUCCAUUACCCAUGGAGGUAUUACUAGCUAAUUUCCAAAAUUACCCAGUGAUGUAAAUGUUCAACUAUCAGGAAUUAUUUACAAUGAAUUAACCUGUAUUGAUAAAGAAAAUGUAAGCGAAAGUAUUGAAGAAUAUAUUUCAUUCUUAUUCUGUUAUUUUAGUAAAUGUACAAGUUAUUUGUCAUAACUAUUAUAAAGUAUUAUUUUAUUGAUUUAUUCUAAAAAAAUGUUUUUAUUCAGUUCAAUGGUUUUUAGGGUUUUUUUUCCUUGUUUGAAUAUAGUAAGGCAAAUUUCCAUAAGACAUAGGAGCAGAAUUAGCCCACUUGGCCCAUCGAGUCUGCUCCGCCAUUCCAUCAUGGUUGAUCCAUUUUUUUUUCUCCACCUCAACCCCAUUUCCUGGUCUUUUCCCAUAAUCUUUAAUGAAUGUCCAAUCAAGAACCUAUCAAUCUUUGCCUUAAAUACACCCAACAACCUGGCCUCCAUAGCUGCACAUGGCAACAAAUUCCACAAAUUCACCACCCUCUGGCUAAAGAAAUUUCUCCGCAUCUCUGUUUUGAAAGGGUACCCCACUAUCCUGAGGCUGUGGCCUCUGGUCCUGGACUCUCCCACUAUGGGAAACAUCCUUUCCACAUCUACUCUGUCUAGGCCUUUCAACAUUCAAAAGGUUUCAAAGAGAUCCCCCCUCAUCCUUCCAAAUUCCAGCAAGUUCAGACCCAGAGACAUCUAAUGUUCCUCGUAUGAUAACCCUUUCAUUCCUGGAAUCAUCCUUGUGAACCUCCUCUGGACCCUCUCCAAUGCCAGCACAUCUCCUCUAAGAUGAGGAGCUCAAAACUGUACAUAAUACUCAAGGAGAGGCCUCACCAGUUGCUUAUAAAGUCUCAGCAUCACAUCCCUGCUCUUGUAUUAGACCUCUUAAAAUGAAUGCUAACGUUGUAUUUGCCUUCCUCACCACUGACCAAACCUGCAAGUUAAUCUUUAGGGUGUUCUACACAAGGACUCGCAAGUCCCUUUGCAUCUCAGAUUUUUGGAUUUUUUCCCUGUUUAGAAAACAGUCCGCACAUUUAUUUCUACUACCAAAGUGCAUGACCAUGCAUUUUCCAAUACUAUAUUUCAUUUGCCACUUUCUUGCCCAUUCUCCUAAUCUGUCUAAGUCCUUCUACAUCCUACCUGUUUCCUCAACACUACCUGCCCCUCCACCAAUUUUUGUAUCAUCUGCAAACUUGGCAACAAAGCCAUCUAUUCCACCAUCUAAGUCAUUUAUAUACAGCAUAAAAAGAAGUGGUCCCAACACCGACCCCUGUGGAACACCACUAGUCACUGGCAGCCAACCAGACAAGGAUCCUUUUAUUCCCACUCACUGCCUCCUACCAAUCAGCCAACGCUCUAACCAUGUUAGCAUAGGGAACAAUCACUGAAGAAAGGGGAAAGUGAGAGGAGGGAGAGGGAGAGAUAUACUCGGUGGUGGGAUCCCGUUGGAGAUGACGGAAGUUAUGGAGAAUUAUGUGCUGGACGUGGAGGCUGGUAGGUAGUAGCUGAGGACAAGAGGAACCAUAUCCCUGGGGGGGUGGCAGGAGGAUGGGGUGAGCGCAGUUGAGGAUAGCAUUGACGGUGGACGGUUUCACUUAUCCCCUUGUGUUUUUUUUCUCCCCUUCCCCCACCUUCCUACUGACUCCUCAUCUUUUUUCUCUAGUCCUGAUGCAGGGUCUUGGCCUGAGACAUUGACUGCACUCUUUUCCAGAGAUGCUGCCUGGCCUGCAGUGUUCCUCCUGUAUUGGGUGUGUGAGGCUAGCUGUACUUUAUUUAUUAUUAUCUACAUGUUAAUCUUCUCUGAUCCUCACAUUUUAUUGCUGAGAAACAAUAAAAAAAUUAAUAUAUGCACAGCAUUCUACUUAUAAUGAAUUAUCAUGAAAAAAAAUAGAAAUUUUUCCACAGAGGGAUACAAAAAUAUUUCAGGACUGAUAGACUGUUUACAUUGACAAACUUAAAUAUCAAAUUCGAUACUUAAAUACGGAGUUACAAUAAUUACAUAAUCAGUUUCAUUGAAAUAUAAAAUAUGACAGCUUGUUCUGUUCUACUUUCCUAAAACAACAUUCAAAUUAGUUAUCCCUCUGGGGUUCCUUAGAUAAUCUACCUAUUGGAAAUGGAGUCACUUCUCAGCACCAAUGAUAGUGUUGUUUACUGAAUCAAUUUUCUAUUUGAUUUAACUUUCAUCUGAAUUUGCAGUUUGAGUCUCCUGGAAGAGGUUAGAUCACACUUCAAUUUAUUGAUGCUUCAAUUCUCUUCAUUGGAGUCAGAAUACUUUCUUAAAAAUGCUUGAUCUGUUUGCCUGUUUUAAUCAAAAGAUAACAGGCAACAUUGCCAGUCGUUUGCUAAAUGGACAUUCUGUAUUAAAUAAUUUUGGUUAUUUUGGAUGAU